AUGGGUGUUUGCUGCACAUAAUACUAAAAUGGAAAAUUUGAAAAUCUUGCACCUCCUGAAUUUAUUAAAGAAGAUAUUAAAUAUGAUCAAUAUGCAGUUUAAAUUUAAAAGAAUUAUAAAGGAUAUAAGGCUAGAAAAUUAUAUAAUAAAAUGAAGAUUAAAGUUGAAGAUUCUCCUAUUGUUCAUUAUCCAAAACCAGAGAUUGCCUAAAAACUUAGUUAAACUCCUACUGAUUAUGCUUUAACAGUAUAAAAGGCCUUAUAUAAAUUGGGACCAUUUCGUUAUAAUGAUUAUAUUAAUUCAGAAGAUCCUCAUAAAAGAUCUAAGAAUUUUUAAAUUACAGAUGAAGAUAAAAAACUACCAUUUUUAGAACCACAUAGAUUAAUUGAUGGAGCCAUUUACAUUGGUUAAUGGAAGAAUGGAAUGAAAUGGGGAAAAGGUAAAUAAAUUUGGCCUGAUGGUUCUGUUUAUGAGGGAUUCUGGUAAAAUAAUAAAGUAUGUGGUAUAGGGAGAUUGAUUCAUUAAAACGGAGAUGUCUAUGUAGGAGAUUGGUUAGAUGAUAAAUGUCAUGGUUUUGGUAUAUAUACACAUUAUGAUGGCACUGUAUAUGAGGGUGAUUGGAUUGAAGAUAAAUAAGAAGGAUAAGGAAUUGAAGAAUAUCCAGAUAAUACUAGAUAUAAAGGUUAAUUUCUAAAUUCUAUGAAACAUGGAGAAGGUGAAUGUUUUUAUUCAAAUAAAAAUUAGUAUUUAAAUCUUAAUAAAGGUAGUUACAAAGGGGAAUUUCAAUGUAAUUUUAUACAUGGCUAAGGAAAGUUUAAAUGGAGUGAUGGUAAAGAAUAUGAAGGAGCUUGGGAAAAUAAUUAAAUGCAUGGAUAUGGAGAAUUUAAAUGGCCAGAUGGUAGGUCAUAUAGAGGCUAUUAUAAACAUGAUUUGAAGGAGGGAGAAGGAGAAUUCAUAAUUGAUGAAAAUACUAGAUAUAAGGGAAGUUGGAAAAAUGGAAAGUAACAUGGAGAUGGAGUAUUUGUUGUUAAAGAUAUUCCAAGAUCAGGGGUCUGGUAUGAAGGUAUCAGAAUAUAAUGGAAGGAUCAAUUCUGA